UGCAUAUAAUCCUUUACAAUAUUCUUUGCUAUUUCCAAGUAAAGAAUAUGGUUGGCAUUCAGGAAUAUUAAGAAGAAAUGAAAUACAAAUUGACUCUGAAAUUUCUAAAAUUGAAGCUGAAGGAAGUGGAAUCUCAAAACAAAAUCUACAACUAUUAGAAGUUCAUCAAGUAUAG